ACUUUGCCGUGUCGUGCGAUGCCCAUAGACUAUCACACAGAGCCUCCUUAUUGCAUCAGGCAUCGUCCACUCCGCAGAGAGAGAGAGAGAGAGAGAGAGAGAGAGGACAGCUAGACUACAUGUCAUGGACUGGUGGACUACCCUGGCUGCGAGUAUAGCCUUCCUCUGGCUGCUGUGUUAUAUCGACGGUAAGAGAACCUGGUUAGCAGAGGUAUGGGAGCUUUCUUCGUCAAGGGAACGGUGCAGUACUGGCAAGCGCACUGGUCUUCCUCCUAAUUGCGGCAACGCCGUCCUGGAGCUGCGGCUCCUCCUCCACGCCCUCACCAAAGCAGCGUGCCACCUGUACCUAGCCGUGCUCCCACUGCGCCGCGCCACACUGCACCUUGCCCGCUUUGUCUGUUACCUGGUAAACCAUGGCCCCGCCUCCGCUGGCCGGGCGUCUCCUCUUUUCCUCGAGGGGGUGUGUGUGAUAUGUGAAGCGGUACCGGACCUGCUGGGAGCCGGGCUCAGUCUGUGUGCAGUAGUAUGUCACAUCCUACAGGGGGCACUGUUCCUGCUGGCCGCCACGGUGAGGUCGGUCCAGGUGAGUGUUCUGGCCCAGGUGGACGGGGAGAAGGAGAGAUGGGAGAAGGAGCAGCAUCAGGCGCGGCAGGACGAGAGGAGACAGAACUCCAGGGUGGUGGAAUACCUUUCUGUGUUCUGUCAAGACCCCAUCAGUUCACUACGACUCAAAGUGGACAUGAUCAAUAGAUAACGGCACCGUCUGUCUGUCUGUCUGUCUGUCUGUCUGUCUGUCUGUCUGUCUGUCUGUCUGUCUGUCUGUCUGUCUGUCUGUCUGUCUGUCUGUCUGUCAAGGUGGACAUGAUCAAUAGAUAACAUCACUGUCUGUCUGUCUGUCAGCGUUGGGCUCAAUUCAGACUUGAGUUAAGAAUACUUCAAAUUCCAAUUCAAUUCUUGAAUUUGAAUUGAAGUUGUAAACAGGAUACAGAAUUGAAUUUGAAUUGAAGUUGUAAACAAGAUACAGAAUUGAAUUUGAAUUGAAGUUGUAAACAGGAUACAGAAUUGAAUUUGAAUUGAAGUUGUAAACAGGAUACAGAAUUGAAAUUUGAAUGAAAGGAAAUAGAAUUGAAUUCAGUGAAAUGCAAAUGCCUCUUGUAUUGUAUAUUAGCUGUAGUCUAUACAAAUAUGUAUCUAAAUAUCACGUAAAACAUGUUAUUAUAUACAGUGAGGGGAAAAGUAUUUGAUCCCCUGCUGAUUUUGUUCGUUUGCCCACUGACAAAGAA